GGGAGGGCUGGUCGGGUGGUCCCUACGACGGGACGGCGCUUUAGAGCAGGGGUCGCCCUGGACGUCUGUUACUGACCUGUUCGCCUGGGAUGGACCCGCGGGACCAAGCGACGACAGUAGCGAUGGCCUCGCGGCCGCAAGCAACACAGCUAAAGAGAUAGCUAGAUGGCCCGACUAACUGAGAAUGCACGUGAUGUUUCAGGAGCCAGUGACUUUCCGAGAUGUGGCUGUGGACUUUACCCAAGAGGAGUGGGGACAGCUGGACCCUACCCAGAGGAGUCUGUAUCGAGAUGUGAUGCUCGAGACCUUUGGGCACCUUCUCUGUGUGGGUCCUGAUCUUCCCAAGCCUGCAGUUAUCUCCCAGCUGGAGCAAGGUGCUGAGCUCUGGGUGACAGAAAGGGGAGGCACCCGGGUCUGCCAUCCAGGUUGGAUUCUUGAACCUGAAGACCACACAUCAUUCAAGGAACAGGGCUACCCUGAGAAGGAGCUGUCCCCCAUUACAGAAAGGGAUGGGUUCGAAAGGGCUAUUUCUUGUCAUUCCAUGACAGGGAGAGAUCUGAAAAGUGAUUGCCAGAGGCAGGCACUCAAGAAGGAUCAGAGUCACUUAGGGCAACUAAAAGGCCCCAAAGAAAUACCAGCUCACAGUGAAAGUUAUGGAAGUCUUGGACUUGGGGAGACCUGUGUGCUUAGUGUAAGCACAGAUCUGUUACCAGAUAUUUUUAUAAAAGAACAUGGCUUUACUGAUGGCUCCCAAGUUAAAGACUCAGAACAUAACCUAAGCUUAGUCAGUCAACCUACAGACUCCCCAGCAACACAGCCCUGUGAUGACAGUGGCUGUCAAAAAACCCCUGAUCAGACUGUGCCCAUUACCGAACUCACAAAAAGUCAGGUGCAAGAUAAACCCUAUAAAUGCACUGACUGUGGGAAGUCAUUUAACCACAAUGCACACCUCACAGUGCACAAGAGAAUUCAUACAGGCGAGAGACCUUACAUGUGCAAAGAGUGCGGGAAAGCCUUCAGCCAGAACUCCUCCCUUGUUCAGCACGCGCGCAUCCACACUGGAGACAAGCCCUACAAAUGUGACGAAUGCGGGAAGUCUUUCUGCCACAGUACACACCUCACCGUCCACAGGAGGAUCCACACCGGAGAGAAGCCUUACGCGUGUCAGGACUGUGGGAGAGCCUUCAAUCAGAAUUCAUCCCUAGGGCGACACAAGAGGACACACACUGGGGAGAAGCCAUACACCUGCAGCGUGUGUGGGAAGUCCUUCUCCAGGACCACUUGCCUCUUUCUGCAUCUGCGGACGCACACGGAGGAGAGGCCGUAUGAGUGUAAUCACUGCGGGAAGGGCUUCCGGCACAGCUCCUCCCUGGCCCAGCAUCAGCGGAAGCAUGCCGGGGAGAAACCCUACGAGUGCCGACAGAGGCUGAUCUUUGAGCAGGCGGCAGCUUUAACGAAGCGCGAGUGGACAGAGACCCUCACCCGCGACCCGUCCUUGAGUCAAGAAGAAAGGACCCGACGGAGCGACAGGCCCUUUCCGUGUAAUCAGUGUGGAAAGUGCUUCACUCAGAGUUCUCACCUCAUCCGACAUCAGAUAACUCACAACAGAGAGGAAGAACCACAUGGGCGGGGCCGGAGACGAGAGCAACCCUGUGGGCGGGGCUCGAAGCUCGUUCGGAAUCCGCACUCGAAUUCAAGAGAGAUCCCCAUGGCCCAGGCAAAGGCAGGACAAGCAAGCAGGACACUGGCUUUGUUUGACCUUCAUGAAAUUAUGCAGGAGAAGAACCCCGUGCAUGUUAUUGGGGUAGAGGAACCUUCAAUGGGCAAUUCUCUGUUAUUUGACAUCAGAGAAUCUACAUAGGAAGGAAACUUGAGAUAACUGUGGAGUUACUAGGUACAAACGUAAGUCCACACAGAGUACUAGUGGCGAGAGAAGAUGGCAUAUUGUCAUUGGUGACCUCUGACUUCAUGAGGGAGUGGUGCCACCCAGACCCUUGAGGUUUGUGGUUCUUAAAUGUAUCCAGCUCCGUUCCUGUUUAACAACAGACUUUUUCUUUGUUUUUCUGAGACAGUCUCAUGUGGCCCAGGCUGGCCUCCUCGAACUCACCUUGUAUCCAAGAAUGACCUUGCCUUUCUGGUCCUCCUGCCUUUACCUCCCUAAUUCCAGGAUCAUGAUCAUGAGCCACUAUAUCCAGCAGCAGUAAACAGCAUAAGAUGCUUUCUCUGUUACCCUAAAACGUGUUUACCAGUAAUAAAACCUCUGCACUGGCAUAGUGGGAAAAUAACGUAUGACCCCUUUUUGUAAACGAUGGCUAAUUUAUAAUAGAAUGAUAAGUACUGA